GGAGGGGCAAGGCGAGGAACUGAAUGGAGGAGGAGAAGCCAGAGCUGGGGGCAGUGUCAGAUACACACAGAGUAGCAGGUGGUAGAGUCUGCUCCGCACACUGAGUGGCAUCUGAGAAACUGGCAGCUAGGUGCCACUGAAGAGACCCCCCCCCCCCUUACACCCACAAGAAAAGAGAAUUCCAGGGUUCUGACCUGCAGCUCAGCCAAUAGACAGAGGAUUUUACCUCCAGGGGAGAAUUUAGUUUGGUUGGAGACUGGCAUCCCUGUGGCACCGCGGCGCCCCCCCCGGAGGUCACACUGUAAUCCCAUAGCGAUACCAUGCAGACGGCCAGACCGAUGGAGAAACUUCUGGAGAACCUGCACAGCGUGCUGCUGGCCCUAAACAAGACGCUGAACGGGUUGCCGUGCCAGCCCGAGCCCCCGGGGAACCACACGGAAGCAAAAGUGGAGACCAGUAGCAAGCAUGACAACGCCUACAUAUUCAUCCUCUUUGUUCUACUAAUCUUCGCGGCCACGGUGGGCAGCCUGAUACUUGGCUACACCAGGUCUAAGAAAGUGGACAAGCGCAGUGACCCGUACCACGUGUAUAUAAAGAACAACCGCAUUUCGGUGAUCUGAGCAUUGGACGGAGUGUAAUAUUCCUUGUUGGGAGUUGAGGCUUCUAGUGCCACCCCCCCCCCCCAACUGUAUUGGUACCAAAGAGUCCCGGGCCGGUCAGUCUGCACCAUAGAGUUGGACUCAACUAUAAUGUAGUGAGCAGAAAAGGGGUCACAGAUUUGGUACUUGCGGCCCUCAUAGAUUGGGAUGAACUUACCUACCAACAUUGGCCAUACAGAAGAUACCAUUGGACAAAGAUAUGGAAAGACUUAGUGAAGAGCAGAUCCAACCCUUAGUGCAUAGGCCGCCAUUUCCUCAACACAAGCAGUGACCAUCACAUGGGGACUAGUGUAGCUGCUAGUGGGGGGCCGCACAGAUAUGACCCCCUCAGACUUGUCUUUACUGGAGAUUCCACUGGGAAUGGAGCAGAGACGGAUGUUUACUGGAGAAUACUGCGGCCAUAUUCCCCAACAAUCUACAGGGGCCACGUGGUAUGGGGAUAUGCAGGUUCUACUAACUUGAUUUCUGAAGAAUAAAUGUUAAACUAAA